AUGUCAGCAGACAAACUAGCUACAGAUCCAGCAAUUGAUGGCACAAUCAAACCACCACCCAUAUGUCAUCUUUAUCGGAACUUUGAGGCGUUCUUUGACGAACGAGCCAAUGAACUCUGGCACAAAGAAACUAGCUACACAACAAUGAAAUCCACCAAAGAGCUGGCCUAUCGUUUAUUGCCCGGCCUUAAAUGGCUGAAGGGCUAUACGGGGCAAGAUGCAUUGUCUGAUUUAAUUGCCGGUAUAACCGUUGGACUUACAGUACUGCCACAGGGUUUGGCCUAUGCCACAUUGGCGGGAUUGGAACCGCAGUAUGGUCUAUAUUCCGCCUUUGUGGGUGGCAUAAUUUAUGCAUUUAUUGGUAGCUGCCGUCAGGUGACAAUCGGUCCCACCGCUUUGCUGGCCUUGAUGACCAGCCGUCAUACUGGCUUUGGUUUAAAUUCUGGACCGGCUUAUGCCAUAUUGUUGUGCUUGAUAUCGGGCGUGGUGGAAUUGUUAAUGGCGGUCUUGAGAUUGGGCGCUUUGGUUGAUUUAAUUUCUUUACCCGUUACGGUUGGUUUUACAUCGGCCACAGCUGUUAUUAUUGGAACAUCACAAAUUAAGGGUCUCUUGGGUUUGCGUGGUGGUUCCGGCUCCGGUUUCAUGAAUACCAUGAAAUCAGUAUUUUCAAAUUUAGAUAAAAUCCGCAUUGGAGAUUUUAGUUUAGAAGUUGAACAAAAUUAUUCCGCAAUGUUUGAAGAAUUGGGACCAUCAAUGAUUAUUUUACCAAUUAUUGCGGUGUUGGGUAAUGUGGCGAUAUCGAAGGCUUUUGGUGGUGCGGGUAUCUCACCAACACGUGAAUUGGUUGCCCUAUCGUUGAGUAACAUUUGCGGUUCAUUCUUUUCAUCGAUACCAGUGACGGGAUCAUUCUCACGCAGUGCCGUCAAUCAUGCCAGUGGUGUUAGGACACCAAUUGGUGGAUUUUAUACCAGUGCUUUGGUGUUAUUGGCCUUGGGUCUGCUGACACCAUAUUUCCAAUAUAUCCCCAAAGCUUCACUGAGUGCGGUAAUUAUAUCGGCGGUUAUAUUUAUGAUUGAAUUUGAGGUUAUCAAACCCUUGUGGCGUUGCAGCCGCCGUGAACUGUUACCCGGU